AUGUCUCAUUCGUUGGCAAAUAAUUUCAAUAAUGAGAAGCCUAUUGCGGACUGUGUUGGACAGAUUGAGCUCCUGAGUCUCACGAGUCUCCGAAGUCCCCAAACUCCCGAUUACGUCAAUAACACUUAUCUACUGAACCGGUAUUUACCGGAAGGAUUCAACACCGACCAGCGAAAGCUCCUUUUGCAAAAACUCGACGUCGUCAUCAAAAAGGAAAGCCCAGAAGGUCAGAAGGACACCGAGUUCGAUCCGGUCUUCUGA